AUGGGCAACAAUUGUUGUAAGCAAUCUAAGUCGGGUAGGACAAUGCAAUCGAGGAAAAUUAAAUCUUUUGGUGACAAACCACUGCUGCUUAACAAGUAUCCAGGCAUCUUUAUAUAUUAGCUCAAAAGGGACUCAAGCGAAAGUGGUCGAUUUGAAGUCACUUUAUUCUCGAGAGCCAAAUAUUUCUACGAAAAAAUUAAUGAUGGAACUUAAAUUCAUUCAAAGGAAAGCGGUCAAGGUUUGCCGAAUAGUGAUUGGAGUGGAUUUUAGAUGAGGAUUGAACUAGCUCUUGAAUAGGGAAAGGAAAAACUUUGA